AUGAAGCUCGAACAACCACUGCAGUGUGCACUGCUUAGUGCAUCCUCCGUCUUCGCCGCUCCUCAAUCAUACCCCGCGAAUGGCACGACACCAGCUGAGUUCAGCUCAAAAUGUGCCGAUGUUGCUUCUAAACUCGCUGUCGAUGGUGCUUUCGUGCACACGGCCGAGUUUGUCGCCGCCGGCACAAACUUGACACUCCCUCUAUACGACCAGACAUGCGCUGAAGCAUCGCCGCCUAUCACAGCAGACAUUUGCCGCGUCGCGCUUUGGGUUUCGACGUCCGAGCGUUCUGGCCUCAACAUGGAGGCAUGGCUUCCGGCCAACUGGACAGGACGAUUCCUCUCUGGUGGCAACGGUGGUCUGAACGGCUGCAUCAAAUACGAAGAUUUGGCCUACGCGUCUGGUCUGGGGUUUGCGGCUGUUGGAACCAACAACGGUCACAACGGCACGAGCGGCAAACCGUUCUAUAACAACUCGGAUGUUGUGGAAGAUUUCGCAUACCGAGCCCUUCACACUGGUGUUGUGGUCGGAAAGCAGAUCACCGAAGACUUCUACGGCAAGCCGCACGACAAGUCCUUCUACCUUGGAUGCUCCACCGGAGGAAGACAGGGAUUCAAAAUGGCUCAGGACUUCCCAGACGAUUUUGACGGUAUUGUUGCGGGAGCACCAGCCUUCUCUUUCAACAACCUCACUUCAUGGAGCGGACAUUUCUACACUCUCACGGGCCCAGCAAAUGCUUCCACUUUCGUCCCCAUGUCAAAGUGGGCGGUGGUGCACGCUGACGUCUUGAAGCAAUGCGACAAGCUUGAUAACUAUGAAGAUGGCAUCAUCGAGGCUCCCUUGCAUUGCAAAUACGAUCCUUCUGGCUUAGCUUGUGCUGAAGGCAGCAACACCACUACCUGCCUAACACCAGAGCAGCUCGAGACCGUGAAGGCCGUCUACUCGCCACUCUUGAACGACAACGGAGACCUCGUAUAUCCCCGUCUGCAGCCCGGUGCUGAGCUGGGCGCAGCCGCUGUUCUCAUGAACGGACAGCCCUUCCCAUACACAACGGAUUGGUUCCGCUACGCUGUCUACAACGACCCUACCUGGGACCCAGCGACAAUCAGCUCAAAGGACUACGACAACGCCGCACGACUGAACCUCUUUGGAAUUGAAACCUUCAAGGGUGACCUGAGCGGAGUUAAGGACCGUGGUACUAAAGUGAUUCACUGGCACGGUGGUGCCGACUUCAUCAUCUCUUCUGAGAACUCACCUCGGUACUACGAACAUGUUUCCUCUACCAUGGGUCUUUCUUCCGACGAGCUCGACGAGUUCUACCGGUUCUUCUAUGUCAGCGGAACUGGUCACUGCGGUGGAGGAGAUGGUGCGCAUGCCAUCGGUCAAGGUCUUGGCGAGAUCAACGGCUAUGAGCCCAGUCACAACGUACUGAUGGCUUUGAUCGACUGGGUAGAGAAUGGAAACGCACCCGAGACACUGAUCGGCACAAAAUUUGUAAACGACACGGAGGCUCUUGGCGUUGAGUUCGAGCGUGCGCACUGCAAGUUCCCCAAAGUCAACCAGUACCAGGGCGGCAACCCGGAUGUCGUUGAGAGCUGGGAGUGUGUUGACCCAUAG